UACCCACAAUUCCGCGGGUCUACAAAAGAAGCUCGUGCCUGCUUGCGUCUCUGAUGUCAGAUCCGCAUAGAGCGAUGGCAGAUACAAUUCGUGGUGUUCCUGUUAGUAAGCUUUGUCCGAAGUAUCUUCAUUCCAACUCUACCAGCCACACCUCACCAUUCAGUGCUAUAGCUGAGCUCAUAGACAAUGCCUAUGAUCCAGACGUCAAGGCCAAACAGUUCUGGAUUGAUAAGACUGUGGUUAACGGACAAGAAUGCCUCAGUUUCAUGGACAAUGGAAAUGGACUUACCUUUGAAACUAUGUACAAGAUGCUCAGCUUUGGGUACAGCGAUAAGGUAGCUGGUCGUGGCCAUGUACCGAUAGGCACCUAUGGCAACGGUUUCAAGUCUGGAUCCAUGCGUCUCGGCAAAGAUGCCAUUGUGUUUUCCAAGUCAAAGAGCACCUCCUGUGUUGGAAUGCUAUCUCAGACUUACCUGGAAAGCAUUAAAGCAGAUCAAAUAAUUACACCAAUUGUCUGCUUUGAACAGAUGGAGCCAAACAAAUCCUUAGUUCCACAUGAGGAGCACAAAGUCAGUCUACAGGACAUCUUGAUGUAUUCUCCCUUCUCUACUCAGGAAGAGCUCCUCACUGAGCUUGGUCACAUUUGUCCCCCCUGGUCUACAGAAAAAUCGGGAACACGGAUAAUCAUCUGGAAUCUCCGCAGAAGGACUUCUGGAGAAUUAGAGUUGGAUUUAGAGAGGGAGCGUUAUGACAUCAGACUUUCAUCUGACGUCUAUGAAGUGACAAGCGACACGCCUUCAUCUUCACGUACAGUUUUGACACAUGUCCCUGACAGUGUUUACUCACUGCGGGCAUAUUGCACUAUUUUGUAUCUGAAGCCACGGAUGCAGAUCAUCAUUCGUGGCCAAAAUGUGAAAUCUCAGUUGAUUUCCAAGAGUCUUGCCCACAGAAGAAGGGACUCUUACAAGCCAAGUUGUUUGAAGAACAAAGGCAUUCCAAUCACUUUUGGUUUCAACACUAAAAAUAAAGACCAGUAUGGCAUCAUGAUGUACCAUAGGAAUCGUCUAAUCAAAGCCUAUGAACGCGUGGGCUGCCAGAAUAAGGCCAACGGACAUGGAGUUGGGGUCAUCGGUAUAAUAGAGUGUGACUAUCUUGAUCCUACCCACAAUAAACAGAGCUUCAAUGACACAGACAAUUACAGAAAAACCAUGAACAAUUUGGGGAUAAAGUUGGAGGAGUACUGGAAGGAAAUGCGCUACAGGAAAAACAAAGAGAAUCCGAACAGCAUCACCCCUCUGGAGGAAAACCUGAAGCCAGAUCAAAACUGGGUGCAGUGUGAUACUUGUUUAAAAUGGCGAAAACUGACUGAUGGUAUUGAUGUCGACAAGCUACCAAAGAAGUGGUUCUGUCAUAUGAACCCUGAUCCUCAGUUUAGGAGCUGUGAUGUAGAAGAGGAGCCACAGGAUUCUGACAGUGACGAACCAUACUGCAAGACCUACAAACUACAGAACACCAAAAAGCUGAUGGGCAGUUGUUUUCAGGAAGACCAGCUCACGAGAGAAACUGCCGCUCUUCAACGAAGACAUAACAGGCUGAUUCGGCAGCUAUGUCAACAGACUUCCCCCAACCCGACUCUUGAUGUACCUCAAAAUGCUUGCAGUCCUUCCAGCAACAUUGGUUCUCCAGUUAUUACAAAUGUUUUCUCCCUGUCACCAGUCACUUCUCAGAGCAGAGGGAAAAGAACACAGCCAAACACCCCACAUGAAACACCCAAAAGGUCACGAGUCAACAGCUUCAACCCAGGUGAAGGAUCAGUGUCAGUUCUUGAGGACAAGGGUCACACUGAUGAUAUUCUUAUUAUUGAAAAUAACAGUACACCUAAACCCAUACCUUUGAGUAAAUUGGAGACAGAAAUGUAUAUCCAGAGGCCACGAAGCAAAGAAAGUAUUGAGACUUUCCAAACCACUGGUGUUGAAGCAGCAAACGCCACAAGUUGUGGAGGAGUCAGCUCCGAUGCCCCAUCACCCAUGGAUCUUGCGUGCACCACCACCACAACUCAAACAGAGGUUUCUAGGGUAAAAAUUGAAGCAACUUCAGUGCAGAGUCAGGUUAAAGCUGUUGAGGGCAGCUCGGACCAGAGAGAAUAUAAACACGAAAAUAAUGAUGACGGACUAAAACCUACUGUGAUGAAGGAAGAAGAUGCAGGACCUUCCUCUGCAACUGUCCAACAAAGGCAAAAUGGUUCUUUUUCCCUGUGUGAGUCUUCUGAAGGAAAGAAAUACCAGGACGAGCUACUGGAGCGCAUUCAAACGACAGCUCUGGAGAGAGAUGCCUUAAAAGAAAAAGUAGAACAACUUACAGCACAACUGCAAAAUAAAAAAGUACUGGAGAUGUCAGACGCCACAGUACAGAGGGAGUACAAUCACCAGGCCUGCCAGACUGUGGAGACGGAGGACCCAGAGGACAGAAUGGACUAUAAAAGUCAGUUACUGAGGGCCAACCAGGAAGUGGACAAACUACUUAAGGAGAACAGGGCUUUAUCGGCAGCUGUAAUGGAAAGUGACAGUGAUGAGUAUGCCCUGACCAUUGACCGUUUGAUGUGCGAUCUGCAGCAGAGGACCAACGAGAGGGAUGAACUGCGCUUACAGCUGGAAGAUAUACAGGAAGAAAAGACAAAUCUGGCCAAAGAGUGUGAAGAGCUGAGGUUGACUGUGCAGCAGCAGAGGGAACCUAAUGAAGCUGUCCCCAGCACGAGUUCACCAGACACAUUAAGAAGCGUUGUGGAGCUCCGGCAGAACGUUGGACGUAUUCUCCUACCCUUGGUUCCCGCUCUUGAUCUCAGUCAAGUGAACUUUGAGUGCAAUGUUAUUGAUGAGAUCUUAGAACAGUUUCUCUCUGGGCAGGAUGGUGUGAGGUCAACUGAAUAGGAAAUUAUAUCAUCUUACCCCCCACUAUACUCCAGUGCUAUAUUCUAUCUGUGUUUGAUACCAAUGAGGUUGGAUGUUGCACAUUUUGUUUAUGAAUAAUUUCUAUUGUGUGUUUGUAGUUUCUAUGUCUGUGGGAAGGCAAACAAACAACAUAGGAAAAAAGUGUUUCCUCUCUGAGAAAGAGAGCAGGGACACACCUCCCUCAAACUAAUAUUACUAAAAGCGUUUUGUGUAUUUCUUCUAUCUGAAAAACUCUGUUCUACUGUGUGAAGCCAAUGGGAAGUUCUGUCACAUGUUGUACCUCAACGUGUGGCAGAAAAUCUUUUCUUUGCCGGUGUUACAGUCGUGAUGAGCCUGGACGGUUGAAAGGGACAAAUUGUGGUGAAGCUAUUAUUAUAAGUACUAUGGUAGUACUUGUUUUUAUACCAAUGACACAAAAAUAUUUUCAUAUUUUUUUAUCAUAUCUGAUUUUGGAUUUAUAUUUAUGGCUGUAAAUGACUUGAGCUUUUCAAAUAAUGUUAACAUUUGUUUUCCAGGUUUUUUUCUCAUACUGAUUGAAGUAAUAACCUCUUUGUUUGUGUAUGUGUUUGUGUGUUGGGGGGCAGGGUAGACACAGCUACGCAGAUUACGUAUGCCAUGUGUACAGGUUGUAAUGAUGGGUAAUUUGAUAUCAUUGCUUUGAUAUUUCAAUUCAUGGUUGUGAUUGUGUUUGUUGCCGAGCUUGAGAGUAAUCCUAUCCACCGGGGGGAGGGUGGGGGGGUAACUGGUGUAUGCUAGUGGUUGAGCCAAGUGAUGGGCUCAGGAGAGUUGAAUGAUUUCUCUUGGAAAUGAAACACACCGUAAAGGAAAGUUCUGCUGCAUCACAUCACACAUUUAAUAAGGUCAAGUCAAAAAUACAUUUUUAUAGAUAU